AUGAUUCGCCAUUGGCAAUACAGUGCCCCAAGUAACAAGAAUGCAAGACGAGGCAUUUUGCAAAGAUCUUCGAGAGAGAAGAGGUCUUUAGAGCGGCACGAAGACAACUUUAUACCGGCCUCCAGCUCUGAUGAAGAUGACAACAUAACUGAUGGUGAAACCUACGAAGAAUCCAGAAAUAAAUAUGGCGAAGACGUUAACGGCGACUCCGGAAAGCAUGAAGAGGAUUCUGAUGAUGAAUCUGUUACGAGCAUGACUUUUUCACAACAACCAGACUCGCCAGGUGACACCCCAGGCACAGAAGUUGGUGACGAUGACACCGGACUUGAAUAUGAGAACGAAGUUCGGGAUAGAUUCAGCGAAUCACCCAUCACGCUGACCCGUGCGAAACGAGACAAGAAUGAUGGAGGCAUCGGGCUGAAGCAAAAACGGGGGUCACAUUUGGUUGAAAAAGAUGGAAAAGAUGACAGAAAUACCGGCGAUAUUUUCGCCGUCUUCAAGGAUAAAUCCCAUGCCAUCCGGACAGGCCAAAACUACAUCGGAAAUGAAGAUCCCAGGGAAUCCACUGAAGAAUAUGACUAUGCCUCCAAGGCUACUGGCCUUCCACAAGGAUCUGAUGUCGAUUCUGACUGCCCGAUCACGGACGCUCACUGGUCAGAAGAAACCCGCAGCGACAAGCGGAUCAGAAAAGUCAUGACAAUGUUUUGCCAAGAUGAGAUAGGCAAGGAAGGCAAGCCACCUAAGCCAGGAUACGUCUACAUUUUCCAUAAUGAUGAAGACGAGGAGGGGUUCUACAAAAUAGGAAAGUCUCAGGAUCCACCACAAAGGAAAUACAGCGAAUAUUUCAGUGCCUGCAAGUUUAAGGAGUCUUGGGACACGGAAAAUAUCAACAAGGAUAAAAUCCGCUUUUACGCACACCUAGAGAAGCUUGCGCAGCGUGAGUUGCAGUACCGCAGCAUCCGGUACACCUGCACGUGCCAAAAAGAACAUAUCGAGUAUUUCUAUGGCGAGAAAGAAGAGGCACGAAAAGUGAUUCAUCGAUGGUUGGAUUGGCUAACAACGUAUGAUCCUUACAGUGACGACGGCCAUCUCCGUCCUUUCUGGGAGGCUCGAUUGAAGCAUGCUGAAUUUCAGGAAGAAGGCUGCCAUGCUGAAUGUCGCAGAGCGAAACGUCGUUUCCCUUGUCAGAGCUGCAUAACAAACCGCUGGCAUAGGUUUCGCAAUCCAGAAGCCCAUGAAGUUCUCAAGCACUACGAAGAAGAGUGGGAGCAGUCCCGUAAGCUUCAUGUGGCUCGGGAAGAAGCCUGGAAACAAUUGUAUAUGCACCGACAACGCAUUGCCAUCUGUCUUUCUCUGCUAGGCGUUUGCCUAAGUAUCUAUACAUCUCGGAACAUGCAGAUGGUGGUCAAGCAGGCAGUUCCUAUAUUAUCGGCUCUUCUGAAUCUUGCUGCGUCCAUGUACUGCCUGGUAUCACGGACACCCACAAUCGAUGAACUGGAACCGGAUACCACAGCAUUCACGACAUUAAGAAUCGAACUGAGUCGGUUCCUCGUGUCGAAGACUUCCUCUCCAGCUCGUCGGUACAAAAGAGAGCCGAAGCUCAACAGCUCGCAGAGCAAUGAGCAGGAGCCAGAGACCCUGUCAGAUCAAACAUACAAGUCUAGGUUAUCUCUCAGCAAUACCAAAGUGACUCCGAUCCGCCCAAAACAGCGCAGUGCGAAUACUAUGUCGAGCAGCCAAAGUACAGCCAAUUCCUUUCUGACUGUAGGCUCUGGGGGGGAUGAGAAAACAGGCAGGAAGCGAAGGCGAAAGAGUCCCGCCGUUUAG